AAGUAUAGUUACAAUAAUCGUUGAAUUAUUUUUAUGAUAUUUUAGUAGUUAUUUCUAACUCAAAGCAUCGUAUACUUCAGUAAUUCUUCUGACUCAAAAUAAUUUAUGCUUUGAAUUAACUGAAGUCGAAGGAAACAAAAUGGAAUAUAUUUCAUAUAUUCUUGUACUUAAAAUUUGUUUUUCAAUUAUACUGCCGCUAGAUGCGUAUGCAAUAUCGGACAGUAUAAGAAAGCUUGAAGUACUUGAUGAUACAAGCGAAUUAGAAAAAAACCAAUCGACAAACAAGGAACGUAGAUCUCUUGCUGUGAACAAGAAGGAUCAACUUUGGGACGGAGGUAUUAUUCCAUAUGAAUUUGAUAAAGUUUUCACUGGAGCACAGCAUAACUUGAUAAAGCAAGCUAUGCAACUCUGGGAGCAAUCGACGUGUCUUCAGUUUGUUCCAAGAAUCAAAGAUGUCCAUAAAUAUUAUACACUUAUCACUAAAAAAGACUGCAGAUGUUGUUCGGUUGUUGGAAAAUUUACUAAAAUAAGGCAGUUUAUUAGUUUGGACGAUAAUUGUAUGAAUCCUAAUACUCUUCUUCAUGAGUUGGGGCAUACAAUUGGACUAUAUCAUGAACACAUGCGUCCAGAUCGUGAUGAAUAUGUGGAAAUUUUUACAGCUAACAUUAUACCAGGUGAUGAAGAUAAUUUCAAGAAAUUACCAACAAACAAAUCAACCACUCAGGGACAACCGUAUGAUUAUAGUUCUAUAAUGCACUAUGGGGAGAAUAUUUCAGCGAAAGCUUCUCAUUUGAACACAAUGAAGCCGUUGAAAAAAAUUAACGGUGAAUGGCCAAUAAUCGGACGAGGUUAUAAUCUGAGCCAAGGUGAUAUUGUGACAACAAAUCUUCUGUAUCAUUGUCCUGAAUGUGGUGGAACUUUUUUGAGGUCUAAAGGAAUCAUCAGUCUACUAAUUGAACCAACACAUUCACAGCCAAGUAUUAAACGCUGCGAAUGGACAAUUAAAGUAGCUGAAGCUCAGCGAAUAAAACUUUCAAUAAAUUCAUCGGGUAUUCCUGAGAGCUCUGAUUGUCUAACAGAUUAUCUGGAAAUUCAGAAUAACCGGGAAAAUAAUGAUGUCAUAGCUCAUUAUUGCGGAAAAACUGAAACAACUCUUAUAGUCAAUACUAAUGUUUUAAAAAUUUUAUUAGUUAACACUCAGUACGAAAAAAAUUCCGUUAAUGUUACAAUAGAAUAUGAGGCCAUGUGCGGUAAAAAUAUUUAUGUUGGAAAUAAUGAAACAUUUUACUUAGAGUCGCCAAAUUAUCCGGGACCAUAUGUAGCAAACGGAGAGUGUUAUUGGUUUAUUACCGCUCCUGAAUAUUAUAGUAUAUCAGUAAAAUUUUAUGAUUUUGAUAUUGAAGAAAGUCCAGAGUGUAAAUCUGAUUACUUGGAAGUACGUGACGGUGAAAAUUACAGAGCACCGCUCAUUGGAAGUUAUUGUGGACAACAUGAUAAUUUGACCAUAUCUUCAAUAGGACGGUUUAUGUUUCUCAGAUUUAUUCCUGAUGAAUUAUUAAAUAAAAACGGGUUCUCUGCUGCUAUUACUGCGCAACCAAUUAAAAUGCAUCUACAAGGAAAUAAUUUUAAAUAAAAAUUACUCAGUAAUUUCGAGUAAUGCUGGGCCGUUGCAAAAAAUUAGUAUUUUUUGUUUUAAAUUUAAAUUUUUUGUUUAAAUAUUAACAUUGUUAGACUAUAUUUCACACUAUUAUUGAGUAAUUUUUUAAAAGCCUUAUAUUUAAUCGAUUAUUCUGAAUAUCUUAUCUUAAUCUAUUAAU